AUGACCAAUGAUCUCCCUGUUCACUUCCUCAAGAGUGGACUUCAGUCAUACAUUAUCAUCAGUGGUGGUAUUCUUCCACAACAGAUGACACAGAACAUGUUCCAGGAGGGGUUGUACCAGGUGUUUUUUAAGGAAACACCCUCAACCCGCCCACUGACCCAGGUUACCAAACAAGGAGAGCCAAUCAAUGGCAGGAUUCAUCGUUGGUUUGGGACUGUGGUUAAUACCAGACUUUUAGUCACUGGAGUGGUGCAGAUCAUCAGUGCAUUAGCUUGCAUACUGGCCACAGUUACCUAUGCUUGUGUGAGCUACAGCUGCUCCGUCUCCAUGACAACACCAGUGUGGUCAAGCUUAUUUUAUUUGGCUGCUGGCUGUCUGGCAAUGGAGGUUCAGAGGAAAGCUAAUAAAUUAAAGAUUAUCGCUCUGAUGGGUCUGAACCUCUUCAGUCUAGUGUUCGGCUUCUCUGCUCUCCUGGCCAACAGCCUCAUGUCUACGCAGCUUGUUGCACUCAACACAAACCAACAGCGUGUUGGUUCCUAUGUUGCAAAGGGGAGCUCCAUAACAUUUGCCGUACAGUGUAUUCUGGCGUCACUCUACAUACUCUUCCUGUCGUUGAGAGGCCUGCGUCGCUACAGUCCUCCCCAUAUUCAGGCCUACAGCCGCCUCUCACAGGAUCGAGAUGAAACCAAUGGGCCUCUACUGGAACAAGUGGAAUUCAGUUAG